AUGUUUGAAUUGAGUCAAAAGGAACUGCAAAGCAACAACGCGGCGUCUUGGAUGGCUAAGCCUCGAUACCAUGACGAAAGUGGACAAACAGGAGACAAACAGGAAAAACCGGUCAACCGGAAAACCACUUCUUGCUACUGCGAUAGCUGUUUAGCGAAUCCUCAAGACAGCCAGUGUUCUUGGAAAGCAGCCAUUCUACGACAGCCUAGCACGUCAAGUGUUCACAACGAGCUUGUGGUGAAGAUCGAUGAUUUUGUUGCAGCCUCAUAUGACGGAGAAUGGUACAUUGGCAAAGUACUAGUGAACUCAGAGGCUCUGGCCCUCUAUGGGUUAGGAACGGUUGAAGAAAAAGAGACAAACGAAAGACUCCGAAACUUAAUAAAUGUCCAACUAAUGUUGCUCAACUAUCAAUUCUUCCUCAACUUCUCCGUCAAUUGCUUUCAUUAUUUCGGUUACAUUUUCAGUUACAUAAUCAUCGCUAUUGCUCUUUUUGCUGGAAAAUAUGAUGGCUUGACACCAACGGCUCUUAGUGCUGCAAUAAGCAAAAAUUCGUUUGUGUCAAUUUAUUUGAUUCGCUGUUAUAAAAAGUUGAUUGAUCUGUCCUAUCUUGUAUCAAAGAAAGCAGGUUUUACUCGUAGGAUAGGAGAGUUAAUAGAAACCUUGAUGAAAAAGGAAAAGAAUCAUGUUGACAAAGAUACCAAUUCUUGCUCUGAAUCUUUGGAUGUGUUGCGGUCUGGUUGUAUCUAUCAACUUGAGGCGGUUUCGUAUGCAGCGCCCAAGUCGUCCGAGCUUCUCGUGAGAGAUCUAAAUCUUAACAUAAUUGCCGGGCAAAACAUCUUAAUUACUGGGAAGACCGGUUGUGGGAAGAGUUCUUUGUUAAGAGUGAUGAGUAACUUGUGGAAGCCAGUUUCUGUAACGGUUGUCAGAAAUCUCUCAUUUCAUCCCAGUAAUAUUAUUAUAUUAUCGCAAAGAUCUUUGUUGUCUGAUGGUUCACUCAAACAGCAAGUUAUCUACCCAUAUGGGAAACCAAUACAGCAGAGAUAUACAGAGAAAUGUCAGAUGGAGGAUGAGAAAAUUCUGAGCAUUCUUGAAGAUGUUGGUCUUACUGCCGUGUGCCGUCGCGUAGGAGGGCUUUACGAGAAUUUCGAAGGCAACUGGGAAGAUAUGUUAACCCCAGGUGAGAUGCAAAGGCUGGCGUUUGCUCGUCUGUUCUACCAUAAGCCUGUCAUUGCUAUAAUUGAUGAAGCUACCAGUGCAAUGGAUACACAAACAGAGAAAGAAAUGUACGAAAAAUGCAAGCAAUUGGGGAUCACACUUGUGAGCAUUGGUCACAGAGAGAAGGAGAUGGGGAUUGGAACUUGA